UAUAAGCUUGCGGCACGAUGACACAGCGACUGAAUUUGCCUCAUAUAUUGCAGAAUCAGCUGCAGAACGAACCCCGUGUGCAGGGUGGGGGGAUUUUUAAGCUGGGCAACAAAAGAGAUAAGACCGCCAUGAAGAUCAAACCGAAGGAACAGAUUCCCAAUGAUACCUAUUUUUCCGAGAAGCCGGAUGUGAUCAAGACCUUUGAUAAAAUGGUGUCGACCAUACACUCCACCAUGAAGGCUACUCAACCGCCGCGGAGAGCAAUUCCCACGAUACCAGCGCCCAUAGCUGUGAUUCCGAAUGCACCACCACAGAAAACUUUUCGGAAGCGCAGCAAGUCAGUACGCAGCAGGUCCCUCCGCAGUAGAUCCGCCUCGCGCGGCAGGUCUGUGACGCGCAGCAGGUCCUCGCGCUUCAAAGGAGGCGGCAGUUCCUCAAACCGGGGCAGUACCACGGAAGGUAAUGGUAAUGAUGCGGCGCGGAUGAACGAUAUGGUGGCCAAGAGUUUCCACAAUCAGCGUCGCAUUCGAGAGGUGUUGCAGCAGAAGGUAAUGCUGGAGCAAAUGCUGUUGCAGCACAAGAGACUGCAAGCGCGACAGGCAGACCAUAGCCUCUGGACAUAA